AUGUCAAGAACACGUUCCUUUUCCAUUGGAGACAGCUCUGAUGAUGAUUUCCCGGAGCCCAUCAAAUUUAGCGCAUCUGUCAAGGCGUUAUUAGGAGAGGAGGAUGGGUCAAAUUAUGAUAUCUCCCCGCGCAGUGGAAGCAAUGUGGAUCAAAUCCAGAAAGCAGCCAUGAGUAUGAAUGGUGAACUACGCUCGUUACAUUCACUGCAGGAGAAGCAGGUGCGCAUUGCGUCGCCAAGAGAACAGGCCACGGGGAGCCCGUCUCCUAGAAUUGUGAGAGUCAAUUCUCCUCGCGUUUCCCCAAGAACAUUAGGUAGAGAGAGCCCCCGGUUGGAAAGCAAGGAUGAAAAGAUAAAUGGAUCUGAUCUGCAUUAUCCUUGUGGCGGGGAUUUUAUUACACCCGCUGCCCCAAGGACCAGAGUGGUGCGUGUUACGGCUUCCAGGAGCAAUUCUCACUCUCCACCAACGGUGUCCCCCAGUGGAACUAGGUCGAGUGAGAGAUCUUCCAAGCAAGGGGGAAGCCGUCUAGGGGACCGUUCUUUCUCCGGUGACGAGCGUCGUCGCGACGAGAACGUUUACCGAUCUGGCUCCUCAGUUAGUGUGCGGCGAACGCGGCCUAGUGAGGAUACGGGGAUGCAAAGUUCGUUACGGGUAAAGAGAGUUGGUAAAUUAACAGGCUCGUUUCUCAACGGACCAGCGCGUCGUGGUGUUAUUCGGAGACAAAGUGAAGACGUGGAGGAGGAGCCGGCAAAUGAAUGGCCAAAUUCAAACGGCAGCCCUCAUACCAGCAAAGAAGAACAUCACCAACAGGAAUCGGAAUCCGCACCCCUCCGUGAUCGCGACCAAGCUCUUGUUGAAAAGCCUCAAUCGUAUCCCAGGCCUGCAGAAAGUCGCACUGGAUCGCCUGUCCCAAUACAGGUGUCGAAGAUACUCCCAGAGCCGGAAAAGCUGGUCGAUAAUGCCUUCUUGAGAUCCAAUUCACCCCAGGUUCCUAGUUCAAUGUCGAAAUCUCCAUUAUCAGCAGAGCAAAAGGAUUCUUCACGAUCUACCAGAGAAGCGCCUGCGUUUUAUCAUGUACCCCCUUUCCUCUCGCGAGCAACGAGUGGCGGCCAAGAAAAUGAUCCACCACCAACGUUUAAAAAGCCAAAGUCUCAGGGCCUUAGUCUUUUAGAUAAGGCUGAAAAGUUCUCAGUGAUUUAUGACGAUGACAAGGAGCUAGCCAAGCCCACGCACCCAACCAUGUCACCUCGCAGACCCCUAGCUCCCAAGGAUAACAACACUCCACAUAGACCAGCUCCACCGCCCCCAAAAAUGAGCGUUCUGGAAACAGCGACCGCACCCGCAGGAGCUACUUCGUCCCAAGCUCGGAGGAAACGCGUCCAGGUUACCAUUAAUCGCAAGCCCUUUACAAGAUUAGACUGCAUUGGGCGAGGGGGAAGCUCUAGAGUCUACCGUGUCAUGGCCGAAAAUUGUAAAAUAUUCGCACUUAAAAGAGUCAAUUUGGAGGACGUUGACCCGAUUGCCCUUGCUGGGUAUAAGGGAGAGAUUGAUUUACUCAAAAAGCUCGAGAACGUGGAUCGCGUAGUGCGAUUGUUUGAUUACGAAGUCAACGAGGAGAAGCAUGCACUCAGUGUUCUCAUGGAGUUUGGCGAGUCGGAUCUACAAAGGAUUCUCACGCUACGACUAAAUACAGAAGACGCUGUGUUUGAUUCUGCCUUCACGCGAUAUUACUGGAAGGAAAUGCUCGAGUGUGUUCAAGCUGUUCACGAAUUCGACGUCGUCCAUUCAGAUCUCAAACCUGCCAAUUUCGUCCUAGUUAAGGGAAACCUGAAAUUAAUUGAUUUUGGCAUUGCAAACAAGAUCCAGGAUGACACUGUCAAUGUUCACCGCGAGCAGCAAAUCGGCACUCCAAAUUACAUGGCACCCGAAGCUCUUAUCGACAUCAAUGCCGCAAGCGGCCUUCCCUCGACUGUCGGAAAGAUGAUGAAAGUCGGCAAACCAAGUGACGUCUGGAGUUUAGGCUGUAUCCUCUAUAAAAUGGUCUAUGGCGAACCUCCCUUUGCGCACAUCACCAAACCUUUUGAGCGCAUUAUGGCCAUUCCCAAUCCGAAGGUGAUUAUUGAAUUCCCAGCUUUCGGCGUUGGUGGUGCAUCCGUACCACCAGGCCUCAUACGGACUCUGAAGCGCUGCCUUCAGCGCGAUCCGCGUCUGCGGCCCACAGUGCAGGAGUUGCUUGGUCAGCGAGAUCCGUUUCUAUAUCCAGAAGCAAACUUGGAAGGUUCGGUACCCAUGACGCAGGAGAUGUUGGGGAGGAUAUUGACGAAUGUCGUCAAUCACUGUAAGGCAAGGGGACCUCCGAAGGAGGAGGAUCUGGCCGGGUGGCCCGCCGGAUUUUUUGCGAAGAUUCGAUCAGCGCUCGAGGAAGAUGCGCUUUGAUCAGACCAGUCCUUAUCAUUCGCCAUUUGCAAUUUCCAUUUCGGUUUUCUAAUUUGUUGUUUUCCUGUUUUGUAUCUUUUGGAUGGGUAUCUUGGCAGUUCUCAUUGCCCUGGCGAGUUUAAUUUUUGUCCUGGUG